UCUUCAUUUGCCUCGACUGACUUUUUUUUCCUUUUUCUCUCUUCUCGACAGAUAUCCCGCCACAAGUGCCUGCCUGACGCGUUGUUUCCUGCUUGCUGCUGCUGCUCCCUUUCUCCCCUGUUCUUUGUAUCCUCUGCAAUUCCCAUUCUGGGCCUUCUCGCGCGCCUUCUGCCUCUCUAUUCCGCUUUCAAUGUCUCAGGCACCACCCUGGUAGUCUCUUUCCACUCGCCCCAGCAAACAUCACCUACAUAUUCAGCUGCCCCUAUGAUCUGAAUGUCCCCCGCCUAGCCAUGCCAAUUGACGUACGAGAGCAAGUUUGCCUGCGUUGAUUCCGUCAACUUUCGUACCUCCUGGACACGCAUCGUUGGGCUCACUUGCUGUUCGCCGGAACGACGCUUAGCACGUGCAUCACCACUCCAAUCACUUCGCCGCUGUUAUAAUUCGACACUUCGCCCAUCCCUCUCGUAGCCAAUUUUUUUCUGCCUGGCAUCGCCGCAAUCUGAUUUUCACUUCGCCAGUCACCAAACUACACCAAUCCUAACUAAUAUCAUAAUAUCAACCUUCGACUUUUCGUCACAGAGCAUGUCGUGGAGCGGGCCCGUUGCCGGUGCUGCAUCAUAUCAGCAGCCUCAAUACCCUGCCGUUCAACCUGCUUUCGCUCACCCCCCAACAUAUCAAUAUGGCCAACAAUCGCCAUAUACCCAAAUUCCCGGAGCUCAUUCCUUUCCGUCGCAGAAUGCUUCGUCACGACCUCCAGAGAUCCGUGCACCCAAGAAGAAAGGUAACCCGAUAAUCACGCGGUAUCCUCCGCCUCCAGGAUAUCGCGGUCCCGCUCGACCUCCCCCAGCUUUUGGAUCACAGCAACGUUCGCAUCAUUAUUCGCAGUCCCAACCAUCUUAUCAAAAACCAGGCCCUCCUACAAAUCCAGCGUAUCCCGCCCCCGGAUAUCAACCACCUCCAGUGCAUGGGCAUCAGCCAUUGGGAUAUGGUCACGUACCAAAUGCCCCACAGAAUGGUCACCCUUCACCUGGAUUCCCUCCAUCUCCGUACCCAUGGCCCCAACAACAACCUCAAGGCUACACUCAGCAUCCAAAUCAGAGUUUUACUCAUCAGCCAAGUCAUCCAGGGGCUCAAAGCUACACACGAUCUUUGAGCUAUCCGGGUCAUACUGUGCAAGCCCCGCCCGUGAAUCCAAAUCAACAAUCUUGGGGGCACACUCAGGGUUGGCAACAACCUAAUCCGUCUACAAAUAACCCUCUUAAUUCCAAGCCUGGGUCUUUCAGCAGUUCUACUUCGAGCUUGCAAUUCACCACUGACCCUCAUGCUACACCGACCCAAACUUCGAUCUAUCCCACAACUUCACAGCCCGUCUCUUCAACUUCACAGCCGUCGGCAGCCAAAAAUCUACCACUGUCUGGAAACAAGAAUCAAAUAUUCUCGGCCUCCGAUGAAUGGGAUUUUGAGUUCGAGGGUGCGAUUUGGCCUAAAGCGAAUGAACCAGUCGAUCCCAAUUUCAGUCUUGGAGUCACCAUCUGGCGUCCUGCUAAGCAGGUUACCCGAGCGCUCCCUUCAAGCUUUUCGGAUGCAGAAGAACAAGCUCUGAAACCCCCUCCGGAGAAACUAGGAAAUGGAGAAUCGGUGUCCAUUUAUUUCACCGCCGAGAAUUCACACGAAGCAUUCCUCAAUGUGAGGCAAACCGAUGAAUGGUAUCGAAUUCGUAAAGAUCCUGUUUUCGUGGUGUUCAAUGAUGAAGAGAUGGCCAGCAAUUUGAUCCCUAUCGAAGAAUGCCUUGCUAUGCGGGAUCGGCCUGAUGAACCUACCGAGGCACUAGCAGACGAAGACGAUGAGAUGCACGAUGCGGUUUGGAAUGUGAUGGACAAUCUUGAACAAGCAUUAUCUGAAAGCACCGGUGACGACCGAGGAUCCAUCACUCAAAGACAGAACGAUCUUGCCAAAGACCAGAAUCAAGAAGACGUUCUUGCAAGAUUAGGUGUGACAGGGAUGCCAAAACCUCCUUCACACGAGCCUUUCGUUGUGCCCCUAUCCCCUGUUCCAAAAGGUGUGGAAACUCUGUCAUCUCAUAUCCCGUCAUCGAGUUCGGUGGAUUACAACCCAUGGAACCCUCCUACGACUUCUUCAAGAGUUGUACGUGCCUCGACUCAAGAUUGCUUACGCGGCAGCCCAGCUCGCUCUGAAAACAGUAGUCAAACCGCUGUUGAACCAGACCAUGAGUCUGAAGAGUUACACACUCGGGAUACCGAAAUUUUUACCGCAGUUGCUCUCGGACAAAACAAUCACUUCGUUACGAGAAAACGGAGCCACAACGAUACCGAUCAAGAAGGACAAAAACAGCAAGCCAACGAUAACAUCAAACGCAAGCGACUCUCCCAGGGUGAUUUCUCCUACAGGUAA